CCAGGUGGCGGGUUGUUGGCCCGCUUCACUCGGACGUUGCUCUGCCUCCCGGAGGACCGCGGCGCCAGGCUGUCCCCGGAAGAUUCCCCGGAGCCCCUCUUUUUGGCUCGCCGGCCGCCGGAGCCGCUGCCCGGGUAGUCUAAUGCAAAGCAACCACGGUGACAUGUCAACAACAUCAUGGUUACAACAAAGCGGCGCUGCUCCGCUCGGGGCCUAUUUGUAAACAAAACCAACGGGAGUUUUUUUUUAGUCCUCGCCAUUGACGACUAAGAUAGAGACGGAGGCGAGUGGACGACACAAAAGUGACUUUAUCGGCUUAGAGGCAGCGAACGGACAUAAGAAUGAUCUCUUUAAAUCAGCCAUGUCAUGUCAGCAUGCUACUACUUAGCAUGUUGCUAACAGCAUCGGCACAUACUCAUGCUUACUGACCUGCGUCCGACAGCAUGUUGGACUUUCUUUUCAAGCCUGUAAAUAAAAAGUGUGCUGACUUGAAUGUUUAUUAUUAAGCUUCUUCCACUCGUCGCCCUUUUAUUGUUGUGGGGGGAAAUAAAGGCGUUGUUGUCGUUAGAAUACCACUACCGGUUUUUCGGAGGAAAUGGGCGGAGCCUUCCGGACGAGCUUUGUUUGACUCUCCUCGCUUGCCGUAGCUGAACCGGAUCGCCAUGGCAACGGGAAAUUAACAAAACCACCACGCCGCCUUUUCGGAACCUUGGAAAUCGGACAACCCAGACGGCGUUGACGUCAUUGUCCAUUGUGAGCAAAACGGCAAACGCGCGUGACGUCGUGGACCACACACGGCAACGCUACGCAACACCAGUCAAUAAUAAGUAUAUUUUGCCGUUUUACGUGGUGGGUCGCCGUGUCCGGGUACUUUCCCCCACCCCAGCGGGGAACUGGAAGCUUCGAUUUCCAAGGGAACGGGAACGCACCAUCAGACUGGAGGCAGCAUUUUGACAAAGAGAGAAGAUGUUCACCUUCACCGUUCAAAGUUUCUUUUUACCGAGGCUAUUUUUAUUUUUGAAAAGGUGUCUUUAGAUGAAUGACCCAUUCAUUUACUGACACAUACCACCACCCACAGCACUUGCAUUUAGGGGAUUUGCGUAAAUAAACAAUGGCUGGAGUCUAAGGCUGCACUUUAUGAAAACAAUGGAUCCAUGUGGAGUUGCGCACAGGAGGAAAGUGGACGUAACUGUUGUCAGGCCAAGGGUUACAGACCAUGUUGAGCAGGUCUGUUUUAAAACUCUGGACCUCAACAAGGUUAUCCACCUCCUUGAAGACCCUCUGACAGCACACAUGCAGGAGAGGCACAUUUUUGUGCUGAAGAAGGUUCUCAGGAGAAGACACCAUGGCUUUCUGCUGAGGGAGCUGGCCAGCAUCACCAGAAUCCUGCACGCCUGUGCAGAGAAGGCCAAGGACCGACCUGAAUAUUCCAGGAUUUUGUGCGAGGCGCUUCAGAUUUGCAGGCUCCCCUUCCUGAAGGAGAGGGUGUCCGACGAGCUGAUCUACGCCCAGGACGUCAAACAGUUCCUCUCUCACAUGGGCUAUCUGAUGAGGGUGCCAGACGCCGAGGUGAGGCACCGGGUAGUCGAAUCGGUCAAGUCCUUCUACACCUGCGCCGCUCUCAGCAAACAGACGCACGACGGGCCUCAGCCGACGUCUCCGGGCUACAGGCUGCAGCUGCUGGAGCGCAGCGACCUGGCCCAGACGCUCUUUCUCUCCAUGGCGGCGCUGGAGGAGCAGCCCGCCAUCAAGCUGCUGCUCCUACAAACACUUCAGAUCCUCUCCAGCUCGUCUGAUAUGAACUGUGCUUUAAUGCUGAGUGUACGAGGGGUCGAGACCAUCUGCCUCCACAUGAACGAAUCCGACCCCAGCGGGCAGUUCCUGUUCCACUCUUCCGAAAUCCUCUGGAACCUUCUGGAUCGAGGCAGCAAGACCGAGGUGGCCGCCCAGCUCGGCAGCAUGGAAUGUGCUCUAUCUCUCAAAGAAGCGUUCUCUCACCUCCUGCUGAACAGCGCCCGGCACGCUGACGUCCAUGUCCGGAACGACCUCCUCGUGUUGACGACUCUCUUUGCCGAGUACUCCAGCCCUCUGCUCAUCGAGAGCUCCUUCGCCAAGCUGCUGGUGGCUCUUAGCACUUUUCCCGAGCUGAAGAGUCACGACCCUGUGGUGGGCAAGCUGAAGCUGAGCUGCAGCAUGGAGGACCUGCAGAUGAAGAAGCUGCUGUUGAAUCUGCUGGUGUUGAUGUCCAAAGACUCAGCGGCCAUCCAGAUAUUCAAGGAAGAGCAGGUGAUGCUGGCUCUACUCACGCUCAUCAAGCCCCCCGCCGCCGCCGCCGCCGCCCCCUCCGACCCCUGCGAGGCCCGGCCGAAAUCGCGUGACUGGUCCCCCGUGCAGCACGAGGAGCUCCAGCUGCAGGCGCUGGCCGUCCUGGCCACCGUGGCCCCGCUCAUGCUGGACCAAUUCAUGUCCUCUUACGGCACCGUGGCCCUGCUGCACCUGCUGGACUGGUGCACCGGGCCAGACACCUUCUUUGGACAUGGCCACAGCUUCCAUGCCACUGGAGGGCGAGGCGGUAAGAGGGCCCACAUGCGCCACUGCCUCAGACUGAUGAGGUCUGUGACCUCGCUGGCCGAGAAGACCCUCAACCAGGACCUGUGUGACCAGGGCACCAUCCACCUGCUCUUGGGGCUCCUGAUGCAGAUGGAGGCGAGCCCCGACGAAGAGGAUGCGGUUACUGUGGAGAUGAAGUCCGACAUGCAGCUCAUCAUUUCCGCUCUGUGUGAGAGCGACGUGCACAGGAAGGAGCUGUUCGGGUCCGAGGGCGUGGACAUGGUGGUCCACUUCCUGAGCCGAGGUUCCGGCAUGUUCUACAGCGGUCUGGGUCACAACAAGCUCCUCCUCUCCACGUUGGUGUGCGUGCGGCUCUGCAUUGUUGGCUGCGACACUACCGAGGACUACUUCCUGACCCAAGACGGCGCCAAGCUUCUCCUCGACCUGCUCAUUUCGAGUCCCAAGUGUGUGCACGCCGUCCUCCUCGCCGCCGUGCUGGAGCUGUGCGACAACCCCAACACCGUCCCUGACGUCCUGGGGUGGAGGCACGCGGACAGCGGGCGCACGGCUCCCAGCCUCCUGCUGCACGUGUGGAGGCGGGAGGAGGCGGAGCUAGGGGUCAGCAGAAACCAACACGGCGGGAUCGCAGAUCCCAAACAGCCCAUCCUGGGUCACCGACCUCUGGAGGACGAGGAGCUGACGUCUACACCGAACGCCCCGAGUGCUGCCGUGCUGGAGAUCCAAGAGAACCUCCAGGCUAAGAUUUACUUAAUCUUCUGCAAGAUGGGUUUCCAGGACCUUCCAGGAUUGUCCGUAAAAGAUCACGUGACCUUGUGCGUCGUCAAACGAUACCUUGACUUCAAGGUGGCCGAUGUGUGGGACGAGAUCGACCGGGAGCUGACCCUGGAGGCCGUGAGGCCCGUCACGCCCGACCAGGAGACUUUGCGCGUGGCCCGCCAGAUGUCGCAACACACGGCCGAGGCGGUGGCCGCCGAGCAGGAAGACGUCUUGCAGGAGAAAGACAGGAACGCCAGCCAAGAGGAGGGGCUUCUGUAUGAGGAGUUGAAGUCUCACUGGAAGCAACGCCAACUGGCAGCAAUAUCCUGGAGCGACUUUGUCUCCAGGACUUCCAACUACGACACGUUGAAGGACAUCAACGAGCAGAGGGAGAAAAACGCAGAGGAGGUCCGAUCAAUGGAGGAGGACGUUGCGCCGCGUCCCGAAGAGCUUUUCAUCGGCCAAAUGGUGGUGAGCGAGGACGGCGGCGCUCGGUGCAUCAAACUGACCAAAACUCCCCUGAUGGCGGCGGCGCAGGAAGAAGCUCUACUCUCCAAACGUGAACGCCUGCGAUUCUGUAGCUCUGUUCCUGUAAAAGACUGACGUGUCCUCUUCCUGGAGGAUUUACUACAGGGGUGUCCAAAGUGCGGCACGGGGGCCUUUUGCAGGCCACAGCUCAUUGUUUAAAUGGCCCCGCAUUUUUGUCAAACUACAAUUGAAACCAAAAAAACUAAAAAAAAAUAGUAAAAAGGCUAAAAAAGAAUAAUAAAAACAUGACAUUGACUCGCAAAACAACAAUAACAAUUGCACCAUGCUGAUGUAAGCAUGAUAACUUUAGCAUACUAACAGUCAGCAUGCGUCAAGUACCAAGUUAUAUGACCCUGAGUGAACGGCUGCAAAAUUUGUGAAAAAAGUUAGCAUGCUAACCGUUAGCAUGGGUCAAGUACCAUGUUAUAUGACCCUGAGUGAACAGUUGCAAACUAGUGAAAAAAGUUAGCACGCGUCAAGCAUCAAGUUAUAUGACCCUGAGUGAACGGCUGCAAAAUUUGCGAAAAUAAGUUAGCAUGCGUCGAGUACCUAGUUAUAUGAACCUGAGUGAACGGCUGCAAAAUUAGUGAAAAAAGUUAGCAUGUGUCAAGUACCAAGUUAUAAGACCCUAAGUGAAUGGCUGCAAAAUUUGUGAAAAAAGUUAGUAUGCGUCAAGUACCACGUUAUAUAACCCUGAGUGUGAACGGCUGCAAAAGUUGGCAAAUAAGUUAGCAUGCUAACAGUUAGCAUGUUUCAAGUACCAAGUUAUAUGACCCUGAGUGAACAGCUGCAAACUAGUGAAAAAAGUUAGCAUGCGUCGAGUACCUACGUAUAUGAACCUGAGUGAACCGCUGCAAAAUUUGUGAAAAAAGUUAGCAUGUGUCAAAUACCAAGUUAUAUGACCCUAAGUGAACUGCUGCAAAAUUUGCGAAAAAAUUUAGCACGCUAACCGUUAGCAUGUGUCAAGUACCAAGAUAUAUGACCGUGAGUAAACAGCUGCAAACUAGUGAAAAAAGUUAGCAUGCGUCAAGCAUCAAGUUAUAUGACCCUGAGUGAACGGUUGCAAAAUUAGCUAAAAAAGUUAGUAUGCAUCAAGUACCAAGUUAUAUGACCCUGAGUGUAAACAGCUGCAAAAUUUGUGAAAAAAGUUAGCAUGCGUCAAGUACCAAGUUAUAUAACCCUGAGUGUAAACGGCUGCAAAAUUUGCGAAAAAAGUUAGUAUGCGUCAAGUACCAAGUUAUAUGACCCUAAGUGAAUGGCUGCAAAAUUUGUAAAAAUAGUUCGUAUGCGUCAAGUACCAAGUUACAUGACCCUAAGUGAAAGGCUGCAAAAUUUGUGAAAAUAGUUAGUAUGCGUCAAGUACCAAGUUAUAUAACCCUGAGUGUGAACGGCUGCAAAAUUAGUGAAAAAAGUUAGCAUGCGUCAACUAUCAAGUUAUGUGACGCUGAGUGAACCGCUGCAAAAUUAGCGAAAAAAGUUAGCAUGCAUUGAGUACCUAGUUAUAUUAACCUGAGUGAUAUGAGAACAUUUGUGAAAAAAGCUAGCAUGUGUCAAGUACCAAGUUACAGCAUAUGACCCUAAGUGAACAUCUGCAAAAUUAGUGAAAAAAGUUAGCAUGCUAAUAUUUAGCAUGUGUCACGUACCAAGAUCUAUGACCGUGAGUAAACAGCUGCAAAACUAGUGAAAAAAGUUAGCAUGUGUCAAGUACCAAGUUAUAUAACCCUGAGUGAACGGCUUCAAAAUUAGUGAAAAACGUUAGCAUGCAUCAAGUAUCAACUUAUAUGACCCUGAGUGAACGGCUGCAAAAUUAGCGAAAAAAUGUUAGCAUGCUAAAAGUGACCAUGUGUCAAGUAUCAAGUUAUAAAAUUAGCUAAAAAUGCUAAGGUCCCAAAAAUACACUUUGUUAUACAAAGCUGACAUGUGGGAUAUUUUGUUGAUUAUUUUAAUACUUUUUUUUUUUUUACACAUUUUCUUUUGCUAUAUCACUUUUUCCAGCACGCCGCCCUCAUUAGAAAAGUUUGGACACCCCUGACUUUUAGGCAGUUUUUUAAUUUUUUUCUAGAUACUGUAUAUCUUAUUAGAGAAUAUGUAACAUUACAGUGUGAUGAUGACGAGUGUAUUUUACAGCAAGCAUUUUUUGAACUGGUAAACUAAAAUGCA